UUUGAAGAAUAAAAUGAGUUUUCAGAAAGAUUUCAAGACAGAUUUUCAGAAACAAGACUGGAGUGUAAUGCAUCCGAGUGCAAAGGAGGAAAUAGAAAAUGGGGAACAAACAAAGUUUAUAGCUGGCCGAGUUUAUCCAGAUUUAAGGCCAAAGAUAUAUGAUCAAGAUUUUAGCAAAAUCGAACAAUUCAGUGAAAUAGAGCGAAGAGAUAAAUUAAUCAGAUCGACCCCUUCGCCUCGAAGAGUAUCACUAAAAGUUGAUGAGACAAGAUUUUCUCAAUCUUGGAAGGAGUUAAAGAGGAGAAGAUAUUCUGAAAGCGACCAGUUUUUAGCUAAUAAAAGUAGCCUUUUGAAGACAAAACAGAAUGUAUCGAAGAUUCGGACUGGUUUGAAACACAGAAAUCUAAAGAAAAGAGACCUCAAGUGUUUAAGAAAGCGUAGAGAAAGCUCUAGUAUCCAUUCUAACUCAAAGUUUGAUCAGCACAGAGAUCUUGAGGACAUUGAUAACUCUUCUGUAAGUUCUCAUAUAGUCUACGCUGAUACAAAAAUAAUUAAGUGGAACCCAUCUCUUUCUCAUCAAAGUAGCCAAGAAGAUCAUUCAGAAAGAAAUAUUUUCGGUGAUUUCUCUCACAAAAGCCUUAAUGAAUUCAAGAGACAUCCCAAUUCUUGAAUGCUGAUGAAUAAAGGAAGAAUAGACUUUGAAGGCACUGAAAUAAACAUAGAGUCUCCUUGCACACUGGUUAAUGGUCUUAAUAAUUCACAUCUAAUCAUACCUACUGCUUCAUCCAAAGUCAUUAUUGAAGCUAUACAAAGAGAGGGUGGUUCAAGCAAAAGGAUGCCUACAUUUUUCAAGCCAAAUAACAAAGCUCUGGAUUCAAACUCAUUCAUUGUUUUCCAUCCAAUCUCUUCCGAGAAUGAACCCUCUUCGGAAGAAAUCUUAGACUUUAGCCACAAGAGUCAUGACAACAAGGAGACUUAUGAGCAGCACGAAAAUUGUUCGAACACGAGUGCUUCUAGAAAACACAUUAUGUUUUCAAAGGAAUUACCCUUUUCUUCACUUGUAUUCCAACACUUCAUGAUGAACUACUGUGUCUGCUCCAAUUUUGGAGCAUAAGAGUUGAUCUUAUGUUUCCAGCACCCAGAGAUAUUUUAAAAGAAUAACUUAAAAUAUGUGUAAAUUCGGAACAAAUAAUUCUUU